AUGGCUGGCGAAACUUUUGAGUUCCAGGCUGAGAUUUCUCAGUUGCUCUCUCUCAUCAUUAACACAGUCUACUCAAACAAGGAGAUCUUCUUAAGAGAACUUGUUUCCAACUGUUCCGAUGCUCUCGACAAGAUUCGUUACGAGGCUCUCUCAGAUCCCUCCAAGCUCGACAGCGGCAAAGAUCUCCGCAUCGACAUUAUCCCCGACAAGGAGAACAAGACCCUUACCAUCCGCGAUACCGGUAUUGGUAUGACCAAGGCUGAUCUCGUCAACAACCUCGGUACGAUUGCACGAUCUGGUACCAAGCAAUUUAUGGAGGCCCUCACCGCAGGUGCUGAUAUCUCUAUGAUUGGUCAAUUCGGUGUUGGUUUCUACUCCGCCUACCUUGUUGCAGACAGAGUUACUGUCGUCUCGAAAAACAACGAUGAUGAACAAUACAUUUGGGAAUCCAGUGCCGGAGGAACUUUCACCCUUACUCACGAUUCUGAGGGUGAGCAACUCGGCCGUGGUACCAAGAUCAUUCUUCACUUGAAGGACGAGCAAUUGGAUUACCUAAACGAGUCAAAGAUCAAGGAGGUCAUCAAGAAGCACUCUGAGUUCAUCUCCUACCCAAUCUAUCUCCACGUCUCCAAGGAGACUGAGACUGAAGUUCCAGAUGAGGAGGCCGAGGAAACCAAGGAGGAGGAUGAUGAGAAGAAGGCCAAGAUUGAGGAGGUCGAUGACGAGGAGGAGAAGAAGCCAAAGACCAAGAAGGUCAAGGAGACCAAGAUCGAGGAGGAAGAACUCAACAAGCAAAAGCCAAUCUGGACCAGAAAUCCUGCCGACAUCACCCCAGAAGAGUACGGUUCAUUCUACAAGUCCCUCUCCAACGACUGGGAAGAUCACUUGGCCGUCAAGCACUUCUCUGUUGAGGGUCAACUCGAAUUCCGUGCCAUCCUUUUCGUCCCAAAACGUGCUCCGUUCGAUCUCUUCGAGACCAAGAAGACCAAGAACAACAUCAAGCUUUACGUUCGUCGUGUCUUCAUCACUGAUGAUGCCACUGAUCUCAUCCCUGAAUGGUUGAGCUUCGUUAAGGGUGUUGUUGACUCUGAAGAUCUCCCACUUAACUUGUCUCGUGAAACUCUUCAACAAAACAAGAUCAUGAAGGUCAUCAAGAAGAACAUUGUCAAGAAGGUUCUUGAGCUCUUCCAAGAGAUCUCCGAGGACAAGGAGCAGUUCGACAAGUUCUACUCUGCUUUCUCCAAGAACAUCAAGCUCGGUAUCCACGAGGAUUCCCAAAACAGAGCAGCUCUUGCCAAGCUCCUCAGAUUCAGCUCCACCAAGUCUGGUGAUGACAUCACCUCCCUCUCUGACUAUGUUACCCGUAUGCCAGAGCACCAAAAGAACCUCUACUACAUCACUGGCGAGUCCCUCAAGGCUGUUCAAAAGUCACCAUUCCUUGACUCCCUCAAGGCAAAGAACUUUGAAGUCCUCUUCUUGGUUGACCCCAUUGAUGAGUACGCCAUGACCCAACUCAAGGAGUUCGAGGGUAAGAAGCUUGUUGAUAUCACCAAGGACUUCGAGCUCGAGGAGACCGAUGAGGAAAAGAAGACUCGUGAGGAAGAAGAGAAGGAAUUUGAGAGUCUUGCAAAGGCUCUCAAGAACGUUCUCGGUGACAACGUUGAGAAGGUUGUUGUCAGCCACAAGCUUGUCAAUGCUCCUUGUGCUAUUCGCACCGGUCAGUUUGGUUGGUCUGCUAACAUGGAGCGUAUCAUGAAGGCACAAGCUCUCCGCGAUACCUCUAUGUCAUCAUACAUGUCUUCUAAGAAGACUUUCGAAAUCUCUCCUAAAUCACCAAUCAUCAAGGAGUUGAAGAAGAAGGUUGAGGCUGAUGGUGAGAAUGAUCGUACUGUUAAGUCGAUUACUCAACUCUUGUUUGAGACUUCCCUUCUCGUUUCUGGUUUCACCAUCGAGGAGCCAGCUGGAUUUGCUGAGCGUAUUCACAAGCUUGUCUCACUCGGAUUGAAUGUUGAGGAGGAGCCAGAAACUACCGAAGAGGCCGCCGCCACUGAGGCAACUUCGGAUGCACCAGUUGAGAGUGCUAUGGAGGAGGUUGACUAA